AGGAAUAAAACGCUGACCGAACCUCUGAAGCUCAAUUUCGUAAAUAGUUUUGCCACGCGUCUAUUUUCGUAAAUUGUUUUUCAAUUAGGCUCAGUUUCAUAAAAAAUCUAGGAAAUAGUAGGGAGAGGAUGAUACGAAAUCUGUAUAAAACUUCACUUAAAAAAGAAAAAAAAAAUCUUUUCCAAACAAGACUGAUUCCAAACAUACCCGACCCAAAAAACCUGACCCAAAACAUUCGAUCGUUUCCUUCACUCUAUUAACACUCCCUCUUUCCCCCAAUUUCCAGGUCUUCUCAAAGUCCUCGCACUCUCGCAGCGUUCAAGCUAGAAUCCAUCAAUGGCGAUAGAACUCAAACUUCGCAAUGCCUCAAUUUUCUCUCUCCUCUUUUUUCUCUCUUUCAUUCUUGGAUCAUCCUCAACGGCUACUCAACAUGACCUGCGGAUCACUUAUGCUGAGCGCAGAAUCGAUUUGACUUCCCACAUCAUCAAGGUGUUCUUGACUCUACAGGUUGAAAAUAAAGGAACGUCUCCCAGUUCAGAAGUCAUCUUUGCUUUUCCUCCAGCCCAAAUUGAUCAUAUUGCAUUGUUAAAAGCAGCUGUACCGGUGGGAAAGAAAAAGAGAAAAACAUACAAAUCUCUUGAUGUCAGUCCUAAGCUUCCUGAUGGGCCGAAUGAAACAAAAUACUUUUCUGCCACUUUGCUUAGUCCUUUGAAGGCAGGUGAAACUGUAACGCUUGAGGUCCUGUACAUAUUAACACAGUCUCUUGAGCCAUUCCCAAUAGAAAUUAGCCAAUCGGAAUCUCAGUUGGUUUACUACCGUGAUAGUGCAAUCAUCCUGUCUCCAUAUCAUAUUGAUCAACAGACGACUUUUAUAAGGACUGCAAGUACUAGAGUGGAAUCAUUCACACAUGUGGAGCCCACCAACCGUGCUGGUCUUGAGGUGAAAUAUGGUCCAUAUGCUGAUCAGCCUCCGCACUCAUUUUCACCCAUUAUUGUGCACUUUGAAAACAACAACCCAUUUGUUGUUGUUGAGGAGCUUGUACGUGAAGUUGAGAUCUCACAUUGGGGAAGCAUACAAGUUAGAGAACAAUACACACUGGCUCAUGCUGGUGCUCGGCUGAAAGGUGCAUUUUCCAGGGUGGACUAUCAGUCUAAGCCUUCUGUGAGCGGUGUAGCUUCAUUUAAACAGCUACUUGCAACACUACCUCCUCGGGUAAACUCGGUUUACUACAGAGAUGAAAUAGGAAAUAUCUCAACAUCACGUUUGCGUUUGAACUUGAAGAAGUCAGAACUGGAAAUAGAGCCUCGCUAUCCUUUAUUUGGUGGUUGGAGAGCUACUUUUGUUAUUGGAUAUAGAUUACCUUUGGAAGAUUUCCUUUAUGAGUCAAAUGAUGGCAAGCAGCGUUAUUUAAAUUUCACUUUUGGAUGCCCUAUGGCAGAGACUGUCGUGAAUAAGCUAACAAUUAAGGUAGCUCUGCCAGAGGGCUCUAAAAAUUCUACAGUUUCGGCGCCUUUUACAGUGGAACAACAUUUGGAGACCACUUAUUCAUAUCUGGAUGUACUUGGAAGAACUGUUGUGGUUUUGGAAAAGAAGAACGUGGUGCCAGAGCACAACUCACCCUUUCAGGUUUAUUACGAUUUCAACCCCGCCUUCAUGCUUGUUGAGCCACUGAUCUUGGUAUCCAUCUUUACAUUAUUUUUCUUGGCUUGCAUAGCCUAUCUUCAUGGCGAUAUUUCCAUCCACAAGCAGAAAACAUCUUGAAACUUUAGUGGCUAUGUAAGGGUAAUAUAUUGCUAUUUUUUUGUCUGAUCUCUAGAACUUGACAGCACAUCUCAGUGUUUGAUGAGCUGAUAGUUUGCAACAGCUUCUGUGUUUUGCAUAGAUACUAGAUUGGGAGAUUUAGGAAGCCUGGAGAAAGAAUAGCAAAAUAUCAGCAUGAUGAAAUCAUCUGCUCUUGUAUGUUGUGUUUUCAGCUGCAAGCAAGGUGAUGUCCUGCAUCCGAGAGAAGCAUCAGAAUACAUUAGCAUUAAAAAAAAAAAAAAAAAAAAAAA